AUGACUACACCACCAACUAAAACACCAAAAGUCCAGAAUUCCUCUAAUACUACAAGAAUGACAUCACAAUCCUUAACUACAACAGCUACAAUGAUGUCAUCAAAACACAGUACUAUACUUCCAAAUAUUACACUAAGGGUCCAAAAUUCCUCCACUGUUACAAGCAUGUACACAAAUCUAUCUAAAAUAACUUAUAUUAGUACACAUUCAGCAACUUUUUCAACCAGCAUGCCUACAGCACCAACUAUACAUUCAGGAAGCCUUAUUUCCCCCUCUAGCAUGAGCCAACCAACAACUACAGCAAAAACGUCCACAAGCAAUUUUACACAACAGAUUAUGACAGCAACAGACCAGAGUGCCUCCACUGGUAAAAACAUAUCCACAACUUUACCAACAAUCUCUAAUCAUAUACCUCCACCAUCAUUUUCACCUAGCAUAACUACACCGCAGACUAAAACAUCAACAGUACAUAAUUCCUCUAAUACUACAAGCAUGGCAACACAAUCCUUAACUACAGCAGCUACAAUUAUGUCAUCAAGCAGCAGUAUACCACCAACUCCAACAGUAAUUGUCCAAAAUACAAGCACAUACACAAGUCCAUCUACAAUACCUUUACAUUUUUUUCCCACAAGUACUUAUACACAACAGGUUACAAAAACAGUCCAGAGUCCAACCACUAGGAAAAGCAUAUCCACAACUCUACCAGCAUUUUCUACUGGUACACCUUCAGCAAGAUUUUCAACUGGCAUCUCAAACAAUGUAACAAGUAUAUCUCUAACUCCAAUGACAACAACAUUUUCUACUUCUCCUUCAAAAACUUCCCCAACUUUCACAACAUUAAAAACAACCACCUAUACUCCUACCCCGCUUUGUAUUUGCUAUUGGUCAGACUGGAAUGACUUUGGUCAAUCAACAACAGAUGUUAAAGGUGGUAAAGUAAUACCUAUGUCUACCUUAUCUACCAUCUGCUCAGCACCAAAAGAAGUGAAGUGUCGUGCUAAACUUUACCCUGGAGUUCCUCUUUCACAGCUUGGUCAGGUUGUAAAAUGUAAUGUGAAAGACGGACUGGUCUGCUCGAACAAAGACCAAGGUCUCAUACAGCAAUGCUUUGACUAUGAAAUUAGAGUAUUCUGUUGUGACAGCAAAUGUGGCAACUUCUCAACAAAAUACACAACUCCAACUGCUUUUUGGAUCUCAUCAACAAGCUUGCCUAUACCAUCAACUAAAACGACAACUGUCCAAAGCUCCUCCACUUAUACAAGCAUAACUACAAUAUCAGUAACAUCUACCGCAAGUUCUUUAACAAUUUCUCCAACUUCCAUAACACCAGAUUCCAUGACCCUUACUCCUACCCCUGGGUGUAUUUGCAGUUGGUCAGAAUGGAGUAAUUUUGGUGGCCCAACAAUAGGACCUGAUGGUGGUGAAAUAGUACAUAUUAAACAAAUAACUGACACCUAUUCUCCCAUCUGCACAUCACUAAAGGAUGUAGAAUGCCGUGCAAAACAUUACCCUGGAGUUCCUUUUUCACAGCUUGGACAGGUUGUGAAAUGUAAUGUGAAAGAUGGACUGAUUUGCUUCAACAAAAACCAAGGCCUUGAACAGCAAUGCUUGGACUAUGAGAUUAGAGUGCUUUGUUGUGUUGGAAACCAUAGCAGCAUCACAACACAAUGUCCAACCACCACUAUGGUUUCAUCAGGUACCACAUCUGUAUCACCAAAUACAACAAAAACAAGCGAGCAUUUCUCUACAAGUACAAUCACAUCCAUAAUUUCAAUACCAACUUGGUCAACUAUCAUGCCUACCCUGCCGUCUACAACACAAACAGCCCAAAAUUUCCCCAGUGGUACUAGCAUAUACACAACUCCAAUGAUUUCAAAAUUUCUAUCAACUGCUUCAACAACGUCUCCACUGUCCAAAACAGCCACACUUACUCCUAACCCUGGCUGCAUGUGUCGUUGGUCAGAGUGGUUGGAUCUUGGGGGCCCAACAACAGGUCCUGAAGGUGGUGAAACAGUGCCAAUCAAAAAAGUUUUGGACGGUUAUCCUACUAUCUGCUCUGUGCCAAAAGAAGUUGAAUGUCGUGCAAAAAAUUACCCCAGAUUGUCUCUUUCCCAGCUAAACCAGGUUGUGAAAUGUAAUGCCAAAGAUGGUCUUGUGUGCCUGAACAAAAACCAAGACAUUACACAUCAAUGCUUUGACUAUGAGAUUAGAGUAUUCUGCUGUGAUGGAAACUGUGGCAGUACCUCAGCACUGACACCAAAAAUUCCUUUGCUUACUCCUACCCUUGGAUGUAAAUGCCAUUGGUCAGACUGGAUGGACUUCAGUAGCGUAACAACCGGUCCUGAAGGUGGAGAAAUAAUUUCCAUCAAAAGAAUAACUGACACCUUUUCUUCCAUCUGCUCAGCACCAAAAGAAUUAGAAUGCCGUGCAAAACUUUACCCUAAACUAUCUCUUUCACAGCUUGGCCAGGUUGUGAUAUGUAAUGCAAAAGAUGGGCUUGUGUGUCUUAACAAAAAUCAAGAUAUAACACAGCAAUGCUUUGACUAUGAGAUUAGAGUAUUCUGCUGUGAUGGAAUCUGUGGCAGUACAACAGCACUGACACCAAAAAUACCUUUGCUUACUCCUACCCUUGGAUGCAAAUGCCAUUGGUCAGACUGGAUGGACUUUGGUAGCUUAACAACCGGUCCUGAAGGUGGAGAAAUAAUUUCCAUCAAAAGAAUUACUGACUCGUAUCCUUCCAUCUGCUCAGCACCAAAAGAAUUAGAAUGCCGUGCAAAACUUUACCCUGAACUUUCUCUUUCACAGCUUGGCCAGAUUGUGAUAUGUAAUGCAAAAGAUGGGCUCAUGUGUCUUAACAAAAAUCAAGAUAUUACCAAGCAAUGCUUUGACUAUGACAUCAGAGUUUUAUGCUGUCAUGGAAAAUGUAGCAGCUCCACACAGGCAGCAAUCACCUCUACUAGGUUGUCACUUUCAACAAUAACCACACCAAUAACAGCGUCCUCGAAUAAAAUCCCUACACAACAGAUACAACCUUUUACUACAUCAAAACCAGUUACUUCUACUGGUCCAUCUUGGACAGGUUGUUAUUUGUAA